CAGGGCCAACAAGUAUCCGCCAACAGGAUGGAUUUCGACGUUAUCCAUUCUUCAUUCUGCAAUCUUCAUUCUCCAUUCUUCAUUCUCCAUUCCUCGUGAUCCAGUUCAUUUUACCUUCCUUCCCAGCUGUCCCCCUUACAACUCGCGUAUACUCCCGGUUGCUUUUCCUCUUCGCCGCAUGCCCACACUUAUCCCAGUGAGACAACCAUGCUGAACUCGAAUUGCCGCCGUGUCUGGAUCUGCACUCAAUGUGUACGACACGCGACUAAGCCUCUGCAGCGACGAUGGCAAUCCGCCGCUUCCGCCGCCGCCCAGGCCAGCUCAGGGAGCUCUCCAGUUGACCACGCCGCCAGCGUCAAUCAUGACGACUCGGUUCUACGCAACCUCUUCGACUCCCCGUCCGGGAGGCCCUUUCCCAAGUUCAGUCUGAAGAAGGGACAGGGCCUUUUCAAGAACCGAUACUUGACGAGCCCGGAAGGCUUCCUUCGCUUUGCGCAGAAGAACCUCCAGCUAGCCACCAAGAUCGUUCACAGAGUCCUCAAUGCUUCGACCGUUCACGAGUAUCAAGCAAUUGUUCGGGAUCUCGACCGACUUAGCGACUUGCUAUGCCGCGUCCUGGAUCUUUCCGACUUCGUGCGCAUGACACAUCCCGACGCUCGCUUUCAGGAAGCCGCCACCGAUGCCUGGUCCAUGGUGUAUCAGUACAUGAACCAACUCAAUACCAUGACCGGUUUGAGCGAUCAGCUUGGAAUAGCCAUAUCCAACCCUGAGGUUACCAAGGUGUGGUCCGAGGAGGAGAAGUCGGUCGCCGAGUUGCUGAAGUUGGACUUUAUGAAAUCAGCCGUCAAUCUCCCCAAAGCUGCACGAGAUAGAUUCGUCGACCUGUCAUCGCGCAUUAGUGAUAUUGGCUCCGCAUUCGUCCAAAGAAUGCAGCCAGAGAAGAAGAAAAUCACACUCCCUUCCCAUCGCUUCUACGGCUUAUAUCCUAACUUGGCCGCGGCUCUGAAGGUUCGGUCGCAAAUCAGCCUCCCCACCGUCGGGUCUGAGGCAGCUGCAGCCUUGCAGAGCGUUUACGAUGAGGAUACCAGGAAGGAGAUUUACGUUGCCCAAAGAACCGCAUCUCGGGAGACCAUCACGUACCUAGAGGCAAUGCUCAAGCUAAGAGGUGAGCUGGCUGAGCUGGCAGGUUUCGAGAGCUAUGGCCACAUGGCCCUGAAGGACCGAAUGAUGGCCAAGUCGCCUGCCUCGGUCAUGGAGUUUCUCCUCGCAUUAAGGAACCAUAAUGCGCCUACCAUCCAGCGGGAACUGAAUGAGCUGAUCGAGAAGAAGCGUGAGCGCUUGAGCAUCCCAGACACGCAUCUUCAGGCCUGGGAUAGAGACUUUUACAUGGAGAAGAUCAGGGCAGACAUGAGGUCUCGACAGCGUCAGGAAGACCAGCUUGCAGCAUUCUUCUCUGUAGGAACCGUAAUGCAGGGUCUGUCUAGGUUGUUCAGCCGACUAUACGGUAUCCGUUUCGUCCCACGGGAGACUCUCCCCGGCGAGACAUGGCACCCCGACGUCAAGCGACUCGAUGUCAUAUCUGAUGAUGGCGAGCAGGUCGCAGUCCUCUACUGUGAUCUAUUUUAUCGGCCGCAGAAGUCUCCAAACCCAGCCCACUUUACCGUGCGCUGCUCUCGUGAGAUUCUCCAGAGUGAAAUCGACGAGGUCGCCGCCGAUCAGACCGGCGAUAUGCCAAGCUUCGAGACAGCCGAGCUGGCUGCCAAUGACGGCAUGGAGAUAUCGACUCGGAACGGAAAGCUCAAGCAGCUUCCUACAAUUGCCCUUGUCUGUGACUUCCCCAAGAGCGACAAUACAAAGGAGCCAGCCUUCCUGUCGUUCUACUCGGUCGAGACCCUCUUCCACGAGAUGGGCCACGCUAUCCACUCCAUCUUGGCUCGGACCAACUUCCAGAACGUAUCUGGCACCCGGUGCGCCACCGACUUUGCUGAGCUGCCCUCAACCCUCAUGGAACACUUCGCCGCCGACCCUACAGUCCUCUCUCUCUUCGCCCGCCACUGGAAGUCGGAUCGUCCUCUCCCUUACGACCUCGUUGCUGAGCGUAUCCGCCUAUCAAAGCGAUUCGAGGGCAUCGACACCGAGCACCAGAUCCUCCUCGCUAUGGUUGACCAGGCCUACCACGCAUCGGCCGUUACCAACCCGGGCUUCAAUUCUACGGACAUCUUCCACGAUAUCCAGUCCCGCUUCGCACACGGACCCAAAGAUCCGCCAGGUACCUGUUGGCAGGGCUUCUUCGGCCACUUGCACAGCUACGGCAGCACAUAUUACAGCUACCUCUUCGACCGCGUUCUGGCCGAGCGCGUCUGGCGCGUUGUCUUCAAGGCUGGCGAGGGCGGCGCCGCCAUUAGCCGCGAGAACGGAGAGCGCCUGAAGGAAAACCUCCUCAAAUGGGGUGGUGGCCGGGAUCCCUGGACUUGUCUCUCGGAUACACUCCAAGACCAUAGGCUAGCACCUGGCGAUGAGAAGUCCAUGGCAUUGGUAGGCAGCUGGGGUAUCAAGGAUGAUCUGCACUACAAUAAAAAACAAUAGAUAGAUACAUAGGCCCAAGCCGUGCAUAAAUGAUAAACAGGAGACAAUAUUCAAUGAACCCUAGAGCAUUGCCCUUAGAAACGCCUUUAUGCACCAAGA